ACUUGACCUUAUAUUUUUGAAACUAGGCACCCAAUAUCCAAUCGUAUUAAACACAUUGCCUCAGUUUCUUCCAAUUUGUCAACACCUUCAGCAGACGAGAUGAGGAGAAGAGAAGCACGACUGCAACGGUUUAAAAAUACUAACAAUGUAAAGCGAUCGCCAGCACCAAGUCCUGCAACGCCAGCGACACCGAACCCGGACGUUAUGGAUUGGGAUGAAUAUACCAUUGUGGGAACUAGUUCUCAGCUUGAAAAACAAUAUCUUCGAUUAACAUCGGCUCCCGAUCCAGCCAGUGUAAGACCAUUACCAGUACUAAGAAAGACGUUAGAGCUCAUAAAACAAAAGUGGGAGAAAGAGCAUAACUAUACCUAUAUGUGCGAUCAGUUCAAAUCGAUGCGACAAGACUUGACGGUCCAACGAAUUCAGAAUGAUUUCACAGUUCAUGUUUACGAAACUCAUGCGCGAAUUGCUCUGGAAAUGGGUGACCUUGGUGAGUAUAAUCAGUGCCAGACGCAACUGAAAGACCUGUAUUCCAAAGGAAUUGCGGGCGAGACGAUGGAGUUUUUGGCCUAUCGAAUUCUUUAUAUGCUUCAUACGCAAAAUCGAUCAGCUUUAAACGCCAUCAUGGCUGAGAUAAAAGGAACACAUGCAAAUGAUAAAGCGGUUCAACACGCACUACAGGUUCGGUCGUCUCUUGCAACAUCAAACUAUCAUCGUUUUUUUCUACUUUACAAGGAAACUCCCAACAUGGGCAAUUACUUGAUUCAUCAAUUUAUUGAACGGGAACGGAUAUAUGCCUUACGUACCAUGUGCAAAGCUUACCGACCAUCGAUCGACAUUGAAUUUAUACGUAAAGAGCUUGCAUUCGAAACCACUCAAGAUUUACACAAGUUUUUGGAGAAAUUGAAGAUCAGUGGGACAUUAGAUGACCAAAACCUCGAUGCCCGAAAUGCCCUACCAGGUUUGAAUGAUCUUGCCAAACAGUUUGCAAAGGUGGAUAUCAAUCGCUCGGCCACGGUCUAAGCUGAUUGUCAGGUUCUAUCCGUUUAACUAUUUUAAUGCAAGGCGGCAGCUUCGCACACUGGCAAUCAAAGAGUCUGUCUUUUUUUCUUUCUUGUUUUUUAAAAAAUAAUAAUAGACGUAAAUCAUAUCAUAACAGCAUCUUCCCUGCGCAUUAAAAUGAGACGUUCACUAAUGGCCA